AUAAUCUCUUUGAGUGUUAAUAAAAGAGUCAAAAGCCAAGGUGCUGCUGUAAAAGCAGUUGUGAGUAAUAAAACCUAUGUUGGGGUCUAUUGAACAAAAGCUUGUAGUUGCUUCUAGAUCAUUCUCUGUGAACUUGCAGGAUGCCAAUGGCUUGGACUGGUCUCAAGAUAACCGGCUGGCACUUGUAACUCCAUCAUCAGUGAUAGUCUACGACGUUGAGACGAACUUCAGUGAUGCCACCAGCCGAUGCUUGCCGCUGCCACAAAUCAACCUCGCCUCACCUCAUCAGCCAAACCCACACUACAGCUCUGGUUUGGAAACAGCGUCAUUCUCAAGCGAGCCCCGACUUUCUGAAGCCGUGCGCCAGAAACUCUUGCCUCUUGUUCUGUCCGCGCCGCUGUCGGCGGCCUCGCGCUCGCUGUUGUCCUCACAAAACCUCCCGCCAGGAUUUGAUAUCGUCUACACCGGCUUCAGGCACGCCAUCUGGUCCCCCCUGGGAGCUGGGGGACUGCAAAGAUGUGUGCUCGCCAUGACAACAGCUGAUCAUCGGCUCCUGCUAGUCUGUGGUAAAGGAAGAAGUCUUCGGCCAUCAUUGUCCCUUGGCCGACGAUGGGCCAACUAUCUUGAGGCUCAUAACUGGCCGCUCUCAUGCACUUCUUCUAAGAAAUGUGAACCAGAAUCUUCAUCUAAUGAGCGGAUAAGCCAAAGAAAUGUUGUUCAUUCCAACAAGGAUGUGUGCUUGGAUCCCCCUGUACACCAGCCGGCCAACAGGAAUUCAAACUCUGGUCAACAUACUGGACUCGAGUCUACCAAUGACCAGUCUUCACAAGCAAGAGAUGAUGUUUCUAUUCCUGCUGGGCAAGUACAGACACCACAAGGAAACAAGCGUGUCAAAAACAAUGAUGUAAGUGCGACCACGACGCCUGUCAGCAGCCGCAAGAUGAAAACUGGAAUUAAACGCGAGUUUGUUGACUACAGAGAAGCUCAGCAGAUCAGAGAAAUAGAAGUUCAUGUGGACCGUCUCUCGCAGCUGGCUAUUAAAACUAUACAUUGGUGCCCCACGGUGAUGGAGUGCCCCGAGACCGGAGUGUGGACCAGCGAGCUGUUGCACGUGACGCUGUCGGGGCACGCUGUGCUGUGGCGCAUCACGGCGGCGUCUCAUCACACGCCUCAGGCCGCACCCAGCGACCUUGACGACGACAGACGCGCCCGUCGCUGCAGCAAGAAAAGUCCUAGGAAGCAAGAGCAAGAAGACGAUACCUCGAAUUAUUUAGAUGCACAAGUGAUUGGGACCUUUGACCUAAAGUGUCCUGGAGCUUCGUGUGUCAAGUGGAUUAAUCUGCCAGACCAAGCAGAAUUUCUCUUUGUCGGGGACUGUCAGGGACCCUUGAAAGUAUUCCGCAUCGAACGAGACUCCAAUGGAAAUAUAGACAUUUUUUUGUUGAGAGAGAUUUUCGGGAGAGACAAGUUAACAGUAACAAAUGUCGAGCUUGUCGAUGUCAUUACUUCUGGAUGUGAUCCUGAUUCGGAGAGGAUGGUUGGUGAACUCGAAAUUGCAAAGCAAAAUAAGACAAUUUCUCCAUCAAAAGUCCCCUGCAAGGAAAACCGCGCGCCUGAUGACGUCGGGAGAGAUGAUGGAGUAUUGACGAGCGCAGUCUCCCCUCCUGCGAGCAACCAAGAGACUUGUGACGGGAGCUCGAUAGACAGGGAGCGGACUUCGCUAGACAGAGACGCAAUUACGCUAGACAGGGAGCGGACUUCGCUAGACAGAGACGCAGUUACGCUAGACAGGGAGCGGACUUCGCUGGACAGGGACGAUGUUACCCUAGAUAGAGAGCGGACAACGCAGAGCAGAGACGAUAGUUCGCCAGUUGAGGACAGGAGUUCAUUGGACAUGCAGAGCACCCAAAUUUUGCUGGCGGUGUCACGGAACAUGGUUCUGAGCGUCGUCCUAGUGCAGCUCUACAGGCACCACUGCAAGGUGUUGGCCACUGCACAAGCUCAUGUGGCAAGGAUGAACAUCACAAGUAUUCGCUGUCCCGACCCGGGGCACGUUUAUUGCAGUACAAUGGAUGGUCGGGUGCUGGAGAUGUCGAUCCUGCAUCAGCAAUCAUGCAGUGAAAGUACGACCUUAUUGAACGACCUGUCUCACCAGAGAAACUCUUCGAAGAGGAAACGAAAAUCCAGUCAGUCAACUGAUGUGGCUGAACCAGAACCUGAUUCGCCCGCUCACAACGUGAUACCAGCCAACAUAAUUCCUUCUAAAGCGCUGUAUGAUGACGGAUCUAAAGAAACUGUGAUGAUAGCGAGAGCUGUAAAGCUCCAUGAUCGUGUUGAAUACUCAGAAGUUAUCUCAGUACGCGAUCGAAGCGGUGCAGAAUCUCGGCUAACGUGCGACUGUACAAAGUAUCACGAGUCAAACUCAUCCUUGUCUUUGAGGCGUAAGGUUCUGAAAGAUUUCACAAGUGAUGGAGCUUCCAUUCUCGCCAUGGUGACAUCGCCCAAUUCGGUCUUUUAUGCGACUGUUGAAUCGUUACGAGUGCCGUACGACCACCUCGUGAUGAGAGAGUGUAGCCACCUGAUCAUCAGUCUAGUGUGUAGCAGUGACACCCUGCAGCAGCACUGCUGCCUGCCGGCACUGCGCCUGCCGCUGCACAUGCAGCACGACGUGCUCGCCGCAGCAAGGAUCCUGGCGUUGGAAGGCAUUGUUCUUGACGUAUCAUCGCUACUAAAGUUCAUACCUGGCGGGGCACCGAGCGAUGAUGUCAAGACGCCGCCCUGCGACGUACAGGAGGGAGGCGCCCUGCGUGGCCGACAGCUGCUGCUGUGGCUGGCAAAGCUCUACGCUAAACUCAACGUCAAAUUCAACAUACAGCAUCCUGUCAUCCAGUCCUGGGUCUGUAUUGAAAAGUCAGCGCAAGAAGCCGUACAGAUGCCGUGGCUGGAGCAAUUAAAAUACAUGCAGCCUUAUUUAAACUCAUAACGAAUAAUUUCGUCAGGUCUGCAUGAAAAGUCGGCGCAAGAGGCCGUACGGAUGCCGUGGCUGUAGCAAUUAAAAUACUCGCAACC